AUGAAAAACGAACGGAUGUUUCACGAGAGGAGUUUGCUGGUGCAGUCGUUGAAAAUCGCAAACAAUUUAGACAGAAAAAAAUCACUAUCAACAUCAAUAAUUCCUACACAGAAUCAAAACUACCUGUGUGUACCUCUAUUGCACAAUGGACUUCAUCAGGCUAAACCGCUGGACUCACAGAAAAAUAAUGUAUAUGAGGACAUUCUUGUGCACACUGCGGUUGAGAAAUCGUAUCAGUCGAUAACCCGCAGCAUCUCUCAGUCUACGUUAACGAUACCAGAGAACUACAGUUUUACUUCUGUGCAUAUUCAGGUCUAUAAACGGCGAUGGGUGAUGUUGGUGCUUGGAAUGCUGAGUAUAGCAAUCUCGUAUGUGCAGUGGAUUCAAUACAGCAUUAUAGCGAAUAUUGUCAUGAAAUUCUACGACAUAAGUGCAGUUUGGGUCGAUUGGACCUCGAUGAUCUUCAUGGUGGUGUACAUUUUGUGUGUUUUCCCCAUAUCGUUUAUUAUGGAUAUUCGGAAUAUGCGGCAAACGGCGGUAAUUGGAUCCGUAGGGACAGCUAUAGGAGCGUGGAUCAAAGUGUUCUCCGUUGAUCCAGAGCAGUUUCAGAUGGUCAUUUUAGGCCAAGUCGUCUCUGCUUUCUCGCAAGUAUUUUUACUUAGCAUCCCAUCAAGACUGGCAUCAACGUGGUUCUCGCCGGAAGAAGCAUCUUCCGUGUGUGCCUUUGGCGUAUUUGCGGCACAACUUGGUACUGCUGCCGGAUUCUUUUUUACUCCGAUAGUAAUUAACAACCAUGAAGAUAUCGCCCGCAUUGGAGUGGAAAUGAAAAUUUUUCUCAUGGCAGUGGCAGGAAUUUCCACUGUGAUCGCCUGUAUGGUAAUUGCCGUAUUCAAAUCAGCACCUGAGUUUGCUCCAAGCCACGUGCAAGCUCUACAACGGACGAUGAAACCCAAGAGAAAAGAUUACUGGCCAGCGGUGGGUCGAUUGAUGCAGGAUGAUAACUAUUUGAUUCUGGUCAUAGCUUAUGGAAUAAACGUUGGCAUAUUCAACGCAUUCUCAACGCUGUUGAAUCAAAUUGUAACCAACUAUUUUCCAAACGGAGAAGCGGAUGCUGGGCGUAUAGGGCUAGCUUUGGUGGUUCUUGGAUUAUUAGGAUCAAUGGUGUUCGGAUAUCUACUGGAUACGAUGCACAAAUACAAAGCUACAGCGGUAUGGGCAUGUCGAUUGUCUGCGGUUACCAUGGUCAUAUUUUCAUUAGCUCUAGAAAGCCGAUCAAAGAAGCUGGUAUCGAUCGCAUCAAUUUUUCUUGGCUUCUUCAUGACGGGAUUCCAGCCGAUUGGAUAUGAGUUCGCAGCAGAGUUGACAUUUCCCGAACCCGAAGGUCCUGUUUCGGGUAUACUAAAUAUCUCGACGCAAAUAUUUGGGAUUGUCAUUACUCUGUUAAUCUCUGGUUUACAACAGAUACUGGGCGACUUUGCAGGCAACAUGGUUUUUGCUGCUUUUUUAAUGAUUGAUGCGAAUGUAAUUUCUCUAAUAAAGUCUGAAUUGCGGCGUUAUAAUACUCAUUUGGAAAUUGAACAGGAAGCGGCCAAAGAACAAGCCGUGGACGCUACUGUUUGUUUGGAUUCCAUAUGUUACGAAGAGGCACCUUUGACGUUCAAAAUUGAUGACUGCAGUAGUUGA